AUGCACAAAAAGUCAAAUACAAGUUUAUUUCAUCCAGUAUUAAUUAAUUUAACGACACAUUUACUGCAUAAUAUCAUUGGGAAUAGAAAUAGUUCACAAAAUUUUAACUGUUUAACACUACAAUCUAUUGAUUAUGAACAUAAAGAAAAUCAAAUAGAAGUAGUGUUACAAUUCAAUAUCAUUUCUGGAUUGUCUGCAUCGAUCAAUAACUCUUUGAUUAAUAAUAAUAAUAAUAAUGAUACGUAUAAAGAAUGUGAUUAUGCACAUUUAUUGACUGAUAACUUAGCAAAACAAACAACAGAAAGUGAAAGAAAAUCUCCAUUUGUAACAAUUGUGGUUUGUUGCUGUAUACUGACAACAUUUUUACUGAUGGUUCUUUUUCUCCGAUGCCGGGGUUUCAUUCGACGAAAACGAUCAUUGAAAACAAGAAGAAAUCCUAAAUACUUGUACUGCUCUAGUUAUUCAAAAGCAAAACCUAUUAAUCAUUGCUAUAUUAAAGCUAAUAAUUCAGGUUAUUGGUCACCCGUUAGGCCAAAACAUAGCAACUCAUUUUCAGUAUGUUCUGAGGGUCAAUCAUUGAAUUAUAAUCAUCACAAUCAUCGAAUAACUUCUGCUUCAUUGUCAAAUCAAUGCAAUCCAAUAUUCAAUUCAUCACAAUCUCGUUUUUAUGGUACAAAAGAUUCAAAUUCUAUGCAUCGUCAGUGUAAUUCAUCAAACAAUAUAAUUAUUCAUAAUCAUCAUCAAGGUGAAUUAUAUGAAACAAAAGAUUACAUGACCACUGACUGUUUAAAAUAUUCUAAACGAAUCAAUAAUGCAAAAUCAACACAUCAUAAACCGUUUACUAUGACAUCAAUGUAUCCGGAUUUUCCAAAGUUAAUAAUGCCACCGAAACGAUCAAAUCCUUCAAAUAAAGUAAAUUCACACAAUAUAACAAAUGAAAAUGAAGUUACAGAUUCAGAGACUCCUACCACUGAAUUUACUGAAAGCUCAAAAUCACACAGAAGUACAUCACAGAUUAAUGUUUGUCGAAAAGGCAGAAGUUUAAGCCCAGUCGAUUUAGAUGAUUCUAGAGAUUCUAAAUUUGUCUACAAUAAAAAACCACGUUUUUCAUUAGCUGAAUCUAAUGAACUGUGUGAUAAAGCUAUUGAGAAUAAUCCAUCGUCUGGAUUUCAUGAUGUGAUUGUAGACUGUAGUUCACUUGAAAGUGCUAUCAGUUAUCCAGUUCAAAACGCUUAUUCACAUUUGAGUGAUAAUAAAAAUCUAGAUGGCUCAUUAGAAUGCCAAAUAUAUCAGAGUUUAAUGUCAGUUUACCUAAAUGAUGUCCAGAAAAAUAAAACUACCAAUCAUACAGUUGUGACUAGUACUAUUACUACUACUACUGCUACUGUCAACAUCAGUAAUAUUAUUAAUGGGAGCAACACUAGUAGUAAUAAUUACAGUACCUGUUUGGAUAAUAAUCAUCACAACAAUGUUAACACAUUAUCCCCUUUAAAUAUUCCAAAAAUUGCUACAAUCAUUUGCGGCGAUGAAAUUUAUGAUAACAAAAAGAUGAAUUCAUCUGAAAGUAACCAGCCUACCAUUCCUAUGAGUACUGAUAACAUUUGUAUUGAACAGUAUAUUAACUUCAACUCUGAUCUUCCAUUGCCAGUGAUAAAAAAUAAACGUUCUGUUCAAUGUUUGUUUAGUGCAAAUAAAUAUAAUCAUAAAAGAUAUAUUCAACGUAGCAAUUCAAUAAGCAUUGAUGACAUUUAUGAUGAUGAUGAUGAUGAUCAUGUUGUCGAUGAUGAUGAUGUUGAUGAGAAUCGCAUCGGAAACAACGGCAUUAUUAUUGAUACUAAACAAGAUAUUGAUGAACGACGUUUAAGGCAUGGUAUAAAUAUCACUGCCAGAAAAUCAUCAAUUAAUAGGCGGAUAAACAGAACCAUUAGGAGUAGUAAUAACAUUAAUAUUGAUGAGAAUACUUGUAAUCAUAAUUUAAAAUUUUUACUGUGUCAUACAAGUGAAUGUAAAAGUUGUGUAAAUUUACAAGCGUAUAAAUUAUUACACGAUCGUUGCCGUAAUUCAAGUGGUGGAUCAACUGUUAGUCAAAUUCCAAGAUCAGAUUUACCAGAUGUCUACUUAAAUCCGCCAUCAAUGUCGACUCUACAAUCUCAAAGAAGCAGUUUAUGUGGUAGAAGUAGGAUGGAGCUGUUAUAUGUGGAUAAUGAGCUGGACAGAACUGAAAACUCUGGAUGCAAUCAUAGUACGGAUGAACUGAAUGGUGCAAAAAAUUUGUCGAAUAUUCUUGAUUGCAAUCACUAUUUCACUGUGCAGAGUAAAAAUGAAGGUAGAGGGAGUUGGAACUUAGCUGAUGAGCUCGUUAUUUUUCCUCAACCUCAAACUCUUGGAUUAGUACGUAAUCAAACAUUCAGUGCAAAGAGUGCAUAUCAUCAAAAUUUGCCUCAAUCAUCUUCGAAUUUGACCCCACUCUUUUUCAAACCAUAUCAACUAAUUGAUGAUAAUUUCGGUAACUUACCAGUUAAAGAUAAAGAGCAUAAUAUUAGUAUACAACAACAACUUAGGAGAGCAUUAAGCUUAUCGACUAAGCGUAAAUCUCCUCGUUCAUUAAAUGCAGAAAUUCAAUCCAUCAUGGAUAAACACUAUGAAAUGACAGGAAUUAAAAUGACAAUCGGUAGUGGAUCAUCACAAAAGAAUUCACUAACUACCAAGUCUUAUAUGAAUUUAUUUCGAUUGCAAGGAGGCAAUAAAAUGCAAUCACCGAAGCCGAGAAAACGUCGAUGCAGUUGGACAUUUACUAAAGAUAUUACUCAUGAAUUUCAGACUGGUUUAAAAAAUGUCUCAAGUGCACUACAUUUGGAUUGUUCCACUUUUGAUCUUUUUCAAAAAUUCAAACAUAAUCGAGAAAAACCAUCUGUGUUUGAAUCGUUAUCUAUGACUGCUUUACCUUGUCUUAUACCAUUAAGACCACGUAUUCGAUCCGAUGUGACCAACGAUAUGACUGUUAUCAAUGAAGAAUUUAUUGGUCGUUCUGAUUUGAACAAUAUUAAACUGAUCGAUUUCAAACGAAAUAGUCUGGGGACUGACGAUAAAAAUAUAACCAUAUUUGAAAUACAAAAAAAUAUUAGACUUGUUAAAAGUAACUGGAAUUUAACUAAUGUAUGAUUAAUUUUGUAAUAUA